AUGCCUCCCAAAGCCCUCAUAAAACCCCCCGCCAAACCCCGAACAAGUUCUCGACUCGCCGAAGCAGCAGCAGCCAAAAAAUCCGCUCCAGCCGCUUCAUCAUCAUCAUCCUCUUCAUCAUCCUCUUCAUCAAGUCCUCCAGCAGCCCCCAAGUCCAAAACCCCAACGAGACCUACUGUCCCUAAAUCCUCUGUCCCCCGCGUUGAAUCUAUUUUGAGUCAUCUGGCUAUCUAUCGCUCUUCUCUCAAUGCGGAAACUGACCCGAAAGGACUUCUUCAACCGGGAAUUUUACAUCUUGAAGCUGCGCUUGCUGCGCUGAGGAAUGUUUUGCCGGUUUUGCCGGGUGGGGGGGAUAAUCCGUUUAGUCCGGGGGGAAGUCCUUACGGAGGUAGUGGUUCUGGAGGAGGAGGUAGUGGUUCUGGAGGAGGUGGUGGUUCUGGAGGAGGAGGUGGUUCCGGUUCGACGCCUCCUCCGCCGCCAAAGGGGACGGGGGGAGAUGUUUUGAAGUUGAAGUUUCCGACUAAGGGAAAACUGCCGCCUUCGCCUCCGCCGAAGGGGAAGGGGAAGGAGCCGGCUGCUACUGCUGCUGGUCCUGCUACUAGCACUGCUACUGGCCCUGCUACUGGUCCUGCUACUGGUCCUGCUACUGGCGCUACUACUGCUGCUGCUGCUGCUACUACUUCCACUACUACUACUACAGCUCCCGCUGCGAAGCCAAAGAUCACGCUCACGGGUCCUAGUGGAAAGGGGAAGAAGCGCCCUGCUCCCGGGUCGGAUAGUGGUGAUGGACAGGGCAGGCCAGCCAAGAAGCACAAGGGUGGAAGUUGA